AUGGGGAGAAAGGCAUUGAUAGCAGUCUUAUGCUGGCUGACGUUAAGCAAAACAUCAGCAAAAGCUGUGCAGACCGCAUAUGGUGUUGGAAUUAUAGACAAUAUAAGUGAUGAAAGUGCUCCUCGGCUGUAUAGAAAUGUUCCAGUUGGUGUUUACGCUAGUGCUACUCCAUACGCAGCCUACUCAUUUAACGCUCCCACAUAUAUUGCGCCAAAAAACACCCAAGUCAUACCCGUUAAGGAAGAAAGCGUAUUAGUUCAGAAGACGGACAGUUAUCUGAAGGAUUCCUAUGGACAACGAUUCGUGGAAGCUCCGCAGACGCUAGCGUAUAAGGCUAUAUUUCCGCAGCAAUUUGUGCAGUUACAAAAUCUUCCAGCCCAUCUCAGUCAGCCACUAGUUGCAUCUGCUGCUAAUUUCCAGUACGGUCAAACACCUCACUUCUUCGGCCAAGCACAAUUUGGAGUGCCACAUUUGCAGACUCUGGGGCCUUCAGCUUUACAACAAUAUACUUCACAACCAAUUAUAUUUGCAAACAAUAUAAAAAGCUUUGCAUCGUCCGGAUCAGUGUCUUCUCAACCUCAUGGAAUAUCCUCAACGCAAAAACAACCUUCUAGCAACAGGAAUGCUUAUGUUAGCAGUCUCACCGCGGACCAUUUCACAAAGUUACAGAAUGAGCCUAAGAUAUCGUCUGCAGCCAGUAAUCACAACAACAAACAGAGUCAACUGUUUAAUGCACAGAAAAGUAAAUCGCAACUAGUCCAAGCUCCGAAGCAAACGAGUAUAACCACAGUAACAAAUGGAAAGGAAACAGUUGUUAAUUUGAUUACAAAACCACCACUUCCUUUACUAGAUUUGACAUUGUUAGAACCUUUAACAUUUAAAAAUCCAUUAGUGCCGCAAGUACAACAUUUUUUGCCGAGGAUAAAUCAAGUAACAUAUAAAAAAUUACCAGAAAUUAAUGAAGUUAAGAAACAUAAAAUGGAGUUUGUUCUACAAAAUACAAAAUCUUAUGACAGUGGCCUUAUAAAAGCCAAACCUAAAAAUGAGUCGCCAAAAAAGAAGCAGAAUAAGGAGCCUUCCCAACCAAACUUCGGGAUCGAAGAAGAAGCACAUCACACACCAGGGGUAACAAUUCAAGAAAACCCUAAUGAUCAUCCCGAAAUCUCUUAUGACAUAAAUACACCUAACUAUCAAGAAACUUAUUCAGAACAAAAAAAGAGUUAUAAUAAAGAAACAGAAUCUGAUCCCGUGAAUAUAAGCUACGAAAAACAAACGCACAAAGAGCCCAUAAACUAUUCCUAUGAAGAACGAACUGAGAAAAAGCCAGUACAUUACAGUUUCACACACACUUCUAAUGAACCGGCACAAAUAAAACAAGUAUACUUUGAGAAUAACGACAAACCAAAACAAUUAAUUUAUCAUUUUAAGCACGAGGAAAAUGAUCAACGUCAACCUCAUUCGUCCCAAAGAGAAUCAGAAGAACUAACAGAAGAGCAUUCCGAAGAAAAUGAUAAGGAAGAGGAUCAACCACACUAUGAACAAGAUAAUGGUCGCCAAGAGUAUUAUGACGGUGGACCACAGACCAAUUAUGGUAAACCGGAACAUAGGGAACAAACUUACUACCACAAUUCAAAUGAAGAACCAGUCCAGAUUCGUCACUCUCAAGCGGUUCCCAACCAACUUCCAAGACAAAAUGUAGAGCAGCACAUUAAAGUAAUUAAUCCUGAAUACGAGGACGAUAGAACUAUUCUCCCAGCACACAAGGCACAUCAUGACCAACAUAUUUAUACUAAACACAACCAUCGUCCCGCACCUCAAAACCAACAACGUUAUUAUGAAUAUUCUAAUCCUCACCACUAUUCGUCUUUGCCCACGGUGCGUGAAAAAUUAGAACGAAUUAUCAUAAAAGAGGGAACUUCUUCGGAAGUGCACAAGCCCAAUGAAGAGCUAAUGGCUGAAAUGAUAAAAAAACAGAAAAAGACUGAAGAGGAUUUUGAAAAGGCUUACAAAGAUGCCGCUUUUGGAUUCCCUGCAUUCGAUACACCAGCGGUCGAUAUUGAGAAAGAAAUUUAUAACCCAGAAUCAUACGGAGCGUCUAGGUAUCAUAAAGAUUUUAAUAUACAAAAAACUCCAUUACGAGAGUACGAAGCCGACGGCGAUGAAUACCCGAAACAGACACGAUCACAAUACAAAGAUGCACGAGACAAGACAAUGGAGGAAUACUUCUUAGAUUAUGCAGUAAGUAGGCCCGAAAGUCUUGUAGAUCGAUAUAGGCAUAAAGAAGAUUAUUACAAAAUGUACACACAUAACAAACCCGAUAAAUAUUUUGGUAGCGACAAAAAAAAUCAAAAGGCUAAAUACACAAUCUCGCACGUAUAUGAUGUAAAACCUCAACAAAAACAGCAAUCUAAAUAUAGAGCUGUCCCUCAGUUCGAGGAGUAUGAUUACGAUAAGGAAGCCCCUCGCGACAACUCUGCUCAUGCUACGCGACCACACCAGAGAUAUAAAAGUAAAACCCAAUUUGUAGAACCCCAAUAUCAAUACGGUUUUGAACCUUCAUCAUUACCACACUUAUUAGACAGUGAGUUAGCUUCAAUGGCGAGUAACGUUAAUCCUAAAAGUGAAAAGUUAGAAUCUAAAAAAAAGAUUUAUAAGACAAAUUGGUAUGUGAAAAAACCCAGCUCAAAAGGUGGCAAAAUAGGCAGUUGA